AUACUAAUCAAACCACGUUCUGUGUUUUACCAUGACCACUAUAUCUGAAGAAGAAAUCCUUGCAUCAUACCCUCAAGUCAAUGCCCCUACCGAUCAAACCGGGUACACUUCUAACCUCACUGAAGAGCAAAAACAAUUAGUCAUUGACUUGCGUAAGCGACUUCAGGAACUUGGAUAUAAGAGCAGAUUAGAUGAUGCUCUGAUGUUACGAUUCCUCAGAGCUAGAAAGUUCGAUUUGGAAAAGUCUCUUGAGAUGUUUGUCAAUUGUGAAAAGUGGAGGGAAGAGUUUGGUGUCAAUACUAUUUUACAAGAUUUCCACUAUCAGGAAAAGCCAAUCGUGGCCCUGAUGUAUCCACAAUACUACCACAAGACUGAUAAGGAUGGUCGUCCUGUUUACUUUGAAGAAUUGGGUAAAGUUGAUUUAUACCAAAUGCUUAAAAUUACCACUCAAGAAAGAAUGUUGAAGAAUUUGGUAUGGGAAUACGAAUCUAUGGUUCAAUACAGAUUACCUGCUUGUUCCAGGCAAGCUGGUUAUCUUGUAGAAACUUCGUGUACCAUUUUGGAUUUAAAGGGUAUUUCCGUUAGUUCUGCAUAUAGUGUCAUUGGAUAUGUUAGAGAAGCAUCUAAGAUUGGUCAAGAUUACUACCCAGAAAGAAUGGGUAAGUUUUAUUUAAUCAAUGCACCAUUUGGAUUUGCCACUGCGUUCAAGUUGUUUAAGCCAUUCUUGGAUCCAGUCACUGUUUCCAAGAUUUUCAUUUUGAGUUCUUCGUACCAAAAGGAAUUGUUGAAGCAAAUUCCACCACAAAACUUGCCAACCAAAUUCGGGGGGUUAUCUCAAGUUACCGAUCAAGAAUUAUUGUUGAAUGAUGUGGGACCAUGGAGAGAUCCAAAGUACAUUGGUCCUGAAGGCGAGGCCCCAAGAUCAUUCCAAACAUAAACUUGCUUACGAGGGUAGCAUACAAGUGAAGUUAAUAGAAAGUGAGCGGAUCAAGCUUGUGAUAAUAAACUAAUAAUACCAAGUCGGCCAGUUGUAUAGAAGAUGAUACACCAGUUAUUUUUAUAUUAAUAUACAUAUAAACUUAGUGAUUGUUCGUAAUAAUACGUCGUACGUAUUGCAGAUAACGAUGUGUGCAUUUGAAGAAUAGACGGCGACGUAAGGCAGAGAUGCGUCAGUUUUGGAGGUGAAUUUGAAAAAAAAAGGGGGUAAAUAAUGAGCACUUGAAAUAUAAACAAUUGCUUUUCUAAUUAUAAUUGGGAUGAGGCUAACAAGUUUUGCUUUCUUGUGUAGAUUUCUGUCGAGUCCUGUGCAGUGCUGUGAGACUAGUUCAGAUUAGCAGCUACUGCAUUAGCUAAGUGUAUAUAGACUUCUGCCAAUGCAACCAGACAGUGCCGACUACGGAAUUCGCGUUCGUUCCAAGUCUGGGAAUCAACAACGCGAAAUAAUUAUAGCCAAGAAGUAACACACAAUGUUAUCAUUGUCAAUUGAAGUUGGACCUGUCGUCACUUUUUUUCGAUACGAGAUUUCACAGUGGAUACUUAUUACCACAAAAGGAUAUAUAUACAUAAUUUAUUCGGUAUAAUAACCAUACAAUUCUCACGGGAUUAAACAGUUACAACAUGGUAAGUCCGAUUUGAUAUCGGAUGUCGUUCAACUAGAGCUCAAGAACUUAGUCUGGUCAAUCCCCACCGAAAUGGUUCGCCUC